AGUUUCAUGGGACAGGUGUGGAUCACUAUCUUGAAAAAGGUGUGGAUCAGUUUCAUGGGACAGGUGUGGAUCAGUUUCAUGGGACAGGUGUGGAUCACUAUCUUGAAAAAGGUGUGGAUCAAUUUCAUGAGGCAGGUGUGGAUCAAUUUCAUGGGACAGGUGUGGAUCAGUUUCAUGGGACAGGUGUGGAUCAACAUCGUGAGAAAGGUGUGGAUCAAUUUCAUGGGACAGGUGUGGAUCAGUUUCAUGGGACAGGUGUGGAUCAACAUCGUGAGAAAGGUGUGGAUCAAUUUCAUGGGACAGGUAUGGAUCAAUUUCAUGGGACAGGUGUGCAUCACUAUCUUGAGAAAGGUGUGGAUCAGUUUCAUGGGACAGGUGUGGAUCAGUUUCAUGGGACAGGUGUGGAUCACUAUCUUGAGAAAGGUGUGGAUCAGUUUCAUGGGACAGGUGUGGAUCACUAUCGUGAGAAAAGUGUGGAUCAGUUUCAUGGGACAGGUGUGGAUCAACAUCGUGAGAAAGGUGUGGAUCAGUUUCAUGGAACAGGUGUGGAUCACUAUCUUAAGAAAGGUGUGGAUUACUAUCUUAAGAAAGGUGUGGAUCACUAUCUUAAGAAAGGUGUGGAUCAGUUUCAUGGGACAGGUGUGGAUCAGUUUCAUGGGACAGGUAUGGAUCACUACCUUGAGACAGGUGUGGAUCAGUUUCAUGAGACAGGUGUGGAUCAGUAUCAUGGGACAGGUGUAGAUCAGUUUCAUGGGACAGGUGUGGAUCAGUAUCAUGGAACAGGUGUGGAUCAGUUUCAUGGGACAGGUGUGGAUCACUACCUUGAGACAGGUGUGGAUCAGUUUCAUGGGACAGG